UGGUUAACACUUGGAUUCACUUUAUUUAUCUCCGUAGUACAUUCAACUUCAAGCGAAAGUAUAUAUCCUCCUCGGAGAACAAAAUGUGACCAAAUGUCUCUGAUUACUUGGAAGGCGGAACCCAACGAGAAAUAGCUGAUAGUGGACGAUUUUGCAGGGAAGGGUUUAUGUUUCGGACCGAACAUGGCUACGUUCGGCGGCCGUGCUGUUCGCGCUGAUACUUCUGAUAGACAAACGAAGUCUAAUUUCACAUCUCCUCAGAAAAUUAGAGAGCUUCUUAACGAGGGCGUGGCUUCUGACCAGAGCGGGUCAAACAGUGUACAGGGGGAUUCAAAUGUAAUCCCAUCAAAUGGCGUUGUUAAAUCACCAUGCGAAGCAAACAACAAAGAUGCAUUUUUCUCAAGAGUAGGAUCAUACUCAUGUCUGAAAUGGGCUGGCAAACCCCGUGCCCUCUCCCCUUUACGAUGCGCCAAGUAUGGCUGGAUUAAUGUGGACUGUGACAUGCUGAAGUGCUCUACCUGCCAGGCGUUCCUCUGUGCCUCCAUCCAGCCAGCUUUGGACUACCAAAAAUAUGGAGAGCGCAUAUCUGAGAUUACUAGACAGCUGCAGACUCAGCAUGAGAAGUUUUGUUCGUGGCCUGACUUUCCAUGCCCAAACAGGUUCUGGAUGAUUCCGGUGAGUGAGUCAGCGGUGCUGCUCAGUGCCUUCUUGGAGCGCUUUGAGAGUGCUCUCGUCUUGGAGCAGCAGCUCCCUGCUAUGAAGCCACAGCAGCUCCAAGUCAUGUCUCUGACAGAAGAUGCCAUCAGUGCGCUGCUGCAGCUGAUAGAGGAUGAGCAGAAGAAGCUGGGCGGGUCCCUGGCCAUCAGCUCACCUCUGCGGGUGACCCCAGAGGCGCUGGCAGCACAGGUGGCAGCCUGCAUUGUAGCCCUCUGUGGAUGGGCAGCCAGUCCAGCACAGCUGGCCAUGAACCUCCCCAUCCUAACCUGCACCUACUGCAUGCGCAAGGUGGGGAUGUGGAACUUCCACCAGAUGGAGAAUGCGGGUGGGAGCGAGGGGGACGCUCCCAGCAUAGCCAGCUCUCCGCCCACCACCCCCAGGCCUGGCCAGGAGGGGGCAGGCGAAGGCCUCACUCACACCUCCACCUCCACGCCUACACCCAACCUUUCCUCUCCAUCCCCUUCCCCCACUCUCUCCCGAAUGAAACUCCGCAGCCAGGAUUCCUUGCGCUCUGAAUCGGUGGAGGGCAACCCGUCUCCUCUGGCUGCGCGCACCCGCAGCAGGGACUCCCCGAGUCCCAGUGAGGAGCUGCCCAGCACCUUGGGCCGGGGGAAGAGGGCCGCGCCCCGCACCCGCGGCCAGUGUGAGGUGCCCUCCAGCCCCCUGCAGAAGAACAAGCGCCCACGCCUCUCCUCUGCCAGCAGCCCGGAGGGCCCCAUGAACAGGAAUGCGUUUGAUCCCGUGGGUCAGCACAGGGACUGGUGCCCAUGGGUGAGUACCAACGAGGAGGAUGUGCUGCCUCCCAAGAACGGCUCCCUGCCAGAGGGGUGCGAGGCGGAGCGACCCCAGCCCGGCUGGAGGGCAGCACUCACCCUGUUCCUGUCCAUGAAGCACAGCCUGACCCCGGUGGGAGCCAGCCCCUCACAGGGUGCUCAAGACAAGUCGAAACGGGUCUUUACGAUACUCCGGCAAUGGCAGUCCUAUUCCACAUAGAGCCCUGGCUGCAUGUGGAUGGAUCACAGAUUUGGAUUGGUUUAAUGUGGUGUGCUGUUCCCUGAAGACUGACAUUGUUUUUACGUCCAUGUGGCCACCCAGUGUACUAAGUCUUGUUUACAGUGAUUCAAGGUGGGGAGAUGCAAUGUUUUAGCGGAGGGUUGGAAAUUGGGUGGGGUAUUUUUCCACGAUCGAAUAUUCAUGGAUGUCUUCUUGAAGUUCCUCUGAUUGUUGUUGUCGUCGUCGGAGGGCUGAGAAAUCUGACCUGAGCAAGGCAACCACACCAUGGAAGAUGUCUGCAGCCAUCCAGCCUGUGUGGGGGUGUUUGUGUACGCAGGUGUGAUGACGAUACACUCCGAUCCACAGCAUAUCUAACACAUGGACAGUACAUACAUACAUACAUACAUACAUACAUAC